AUGUUAUCCGCUGCUGCUGCUGCGAGAUCUCAACCUCUCGUCAUAGCCACCACAAUCGCAUUCCUAAUCUUGUGCCUUCACUAUUAUCUACCAACCAACGUCCAGUCAUGGGAAUUGGAAUCAACAUCGCACAGCAAGGCACAAUACUUUACAACGAGGGUUCCUUACCCUCUACCAUCUUCAUAUCCAGAAUUUCUCAGUAAAUCUACGGGCAGAGACAGUCAUGCGGUAUCUUCAUAUCCUCCUCAACCGAAGCCUCCCAGCUACUAUGAGGAUCGUUUGGUGGCAUUUGGCACUGAGGAAUCUCACAUUGAAAUUGAACUUGCCAAGUGGGAUUUCUCAGGCCUGAACUACACAAUCAUAGUACCCACUUUUGUGCGUCUUCCUUCCCUAACGUUGCCAAUUCAAUCUGCCUUGGAAACCGAAAGACUAAAAAUUGGGCAGGUGGGCCACUUUCGUGACGCAAUCGCCUUCCUUCAAUCCCUGCGCUGUCUCUGCACCGACAUCAACGACAUCGAGAUAGCUUUUGUCCUCUCAAGCACCACAGAAGUCUCUCAAUUUGGCAACUUAGUUCAAAGUAUGAAACCAUGCGGCGACCACUACGGCAUUUAUCCUAUGCCCGCCAACCAAACCGGGAACCCUCAAAUCCAUCUUAUGAAUCUCUAUGACCUUCUUCCCUCAUUUCUACAGAAAAAGGUGGAGCCCGACAACACCAACCACUUGCUCGAGCAUUACGGCAAGUUCAAAUAUCAAGGUCUCAAGAAGCUACUGGCAGCCAGAGAGCUGCGCUAUAAUGCCGCUUUGUGGAUCGACUCGGAGGCUAUCGUAACACAGCCCUUCGAAAUGCGUCCCCUUUUCAGCCAGCACCUACUUCAUCCGAUCGUGUGGAAGUCUCGACACGCGACCCAUCCUCAACAGGUUGAACAUAUGCGCAGCGCCGCAAGGGUACUUGGCCGCUCCCUAGACUCCUUUGGAACGCGAUAUCUAAGUGGAGUUGAAAACAUGAUGUGGUUUGUUGAAACGGAAAUCAUCGGAGACAUGUUUGCAUUCGUGGAAGCUGCACAUGGGAAGCCAUUCCUGAAGGUUUUCCUGGAAACUGAGGGCCAAGCAUUUGAAGCAACCACCUAUCACAUGCACAUCCAGACGCGGAAACUUGAGACGGGGCCGGAUUCGAUCUUUGCGAGGUACAAGGUGCUUGAGACGGAGCGGGAGUUGAUUCGUUGGGGACUUGUACCCGGCUUCCAUUAUGAAGAAGAGAGCGUCUGCGGAUGGGGCGAAGUCCUCUUCAAAUUAAUCAAGGAGCCUGGUAUGCAACCGCUCCUUUCGGCCUUUCUCAAGCGCUAUGGAUGGCACUUUCAACGUAUCGAUGACGAUUUCUUACUACCCGGAGAAGGGGAAUCUGGGAACCGCGAGAUGAUAAAGCGAUGGAUCUAUGAAUCACCGGUUUAUAUGUUUACGAAUGGAUGUCCGCCAAGUUUCCACGAGUGGUUAGCCCAAGGAACAGAGUUUGCCGAGAAGGAAGUGGGCGCCAACACGUAG